AGGUUAUUCCAAUCUGACCGCCACACGGACGUCGUUAUUUUAAUGUUGAAUACUCAGACAAGGGUGCCAUGGAUGUAAAAGAAAGGAAACCGUAUCGAUCUCUGACCCGGCGCCGCGACACUGAGCGCCGCUACACCAGCUCUUCAGCUGAGAGUGAGGACAGCAAGGUCCCCCAGAAGUCCUACAGCUCCAGCGAGACCCUGAAGGCUUAUGAUCAAGACUCCAGGUUGACCUAUAGCAAUCGGGUCAAAGACAUGGUGCACCAGGAGGCCGAGGAAUUCUGCCGAGCAGGCGCCAACUUCUCUUUGCGAGAGCUGGGUCUUGAAGACGUGACGCCCACACAUGGGACUUUGUACCGGACUGAUAUUGGGCUGCCCCACUGCGGCUACUCCAUCAGUGCCGGCUCGGAUGCUGACACAGAGGCCGACGUGGUCAUGUCACCCGAGCAUCCCGUGAGGCUCUGGGGACGCAACACCAAGUCUGGCCGCAGCUCCUGCUUGUCGAGCCGGGCCAACUCCAACCUCACCCUCACCGACACGGAGCACGAGAAUACCGAAACCGAUAUUAGCCCUGAGACACUUCUUGAAAGUGAAAAG